UGAAGAACUUUAACGUGGAUAUGGCAGCAAAAUCCUUCCAGUUUCCAGUUAUAAUGCAACGGAUUUUUCUUUUGUAUAUAGUACCAUUAACAUGGAGUGAUAAGUAUAGUUGUUGGCUUUGUGGGGAAGAAAUGACCUAUUAUAAUGUGAUUAAUAUUUGCUGAAUAUGGUUGGUGAUUUCAGUUUGUUUGGGAUUUCUUAUUGUGCUUCUUUUCGGUUUGAUUGUAUGGGGUUUUUUUGGGUUUUUUUUUUUUGGCAAGAGAAUGCUGCAGUGACAAUGAAUUCCUGCUAGUUUUGUUUCUAGUAGGCAAAGAAUUGCUGGCUUCUCCCAGCCUUGCUGGCAGAUUUGAAACCGAGCGUGCACAUGCAGAGCAAGCUGCAGGUACUGCUGAAGGUCUGUAGACUUCCAGAAGGCUGGGAAGCAUGGAAGGCCUCUGUGCAGCAAACAGCACUUUUGCUGUGGACCUGUUAAGAAAGCUGUGUGAGAAGAAAAGGGGGCAGAAUGUGUUCUUUUCACCAUUUAGUAUUUCUUCUGCUUUGUCUAUGGUUUUGCUGGGUUCCAGAGGUAGCACUGAAGCCCAAAUAAGCAAGGUGCUUUCUCUGAACAAUGUCCAGGAUGCUCACAAUGGGUAUCAAUCCCUUCUCUCUGAAAUUAAUGAUCCAAACACCAAAUACAUCCUGAGAACUGCGAACCGGCUCUAUGGAGAAAAGACCUUUGAGUUUCUUCCAUCUUUUACAGAGUCCAGUCAGAAGUCCUACCAUGCUGGCCUGGAACAGAUGGACUUUCUGCAUGCUUGGGAGGAUUCCAGGAAACAAAUCAAUGGCUGGGUAGAGGAAAGGACUGAAGGUAAAAUUCAGAACCUGUUGGCAGAGGGGACUCUCGAUUCCCUGACCAGACUUGUGUUGGUGAAUGCCAUCUAUUUCAAAGGCAAUUGGGAAGAGCAGUUCAACAAACAGAGUACCACAGAAAGGCCAUUCCAAAUUAAUAAGAAUGAGACCAAACCUGUUCAGAUGAUGUUCAAGGAGGCAAAUUUUAACAUGACCUACAUUGGGGAUUUCCAGACCAAAAUCCUUGAACUCCCAUAUGUGGGUAAUGAACUGAGCAUGAUCAUCCUGCUCCCUGAUGCAAUCCAGGAUGGAUCCACAGGCUUGGAAAGACUGGAAAGAGAACUUACAUAUGAGAAGCUAAUAGAUUGGAUCAAUCCUGAAAUGAUGGACUCUACCAAAGUGAGGGUGUCUUUACCCAGAUUUAAACUGGAAGAAGAUUAUGAUCUGAAACCGCUUCUGAGCGGCAUGGGAAUGCCUGAUGCAUUUGAUUUGGGAAAGGCAGACUUCUCAGGAAUCUCAUCUGGCAACCAGCUGGUGCUCUCUGAAGUGGUUCACAAAUCCUUUGUGGAAGUCAAUGAAGAAGGCACUGAGGCAGCUGCUGCCACAGCUGCAGUGAUGAUGAUGUGCUGUGCAAUGAUAGUUCCAGAAUUCACUGCUGAUCAUCCCUUCCUCUUCUUCAUCCGGCACAACAAAACUUCCAGCAUUUUGUUCUGUGGCAGAUUUUGCUGUCCCUAAGGAGGAGAUGUCUUGGCUGCAUAUGUGCCAUCACAAAAUAAAUUUACAUUUCCCUAGAACAAGGUGAUUUCUUCUGUACUAAUUGUCUCUUUCAGCUGUGCCUGCACUCUCUUCUGUGAUCUUCAUCUUGGGCUUGGCAGGAAUAACAGAGCUGCUUACACAAACAGAGCACCUGCCAUGUCCAACCCCUCCUGUGCCUGUGUGCAGGGGUCUCCAGGUUCUUGCUGACACAAG